AUGGAGGAUCUACAAGCAAAACAUCGCAAAGAGCAACGCGAUCUCCAGGCUCGAAUAACUCAGAAGAAAAAGAGUGCAACGAAAAAAACACGCAAGGGCGUCAACGAUGAAUGUGAUCGGCUGCAACAAGAGUUGAAGGCACAACAAGAACUUGAAAUCGCACAACUAAACGGAGACGCAGUUGCUCCUACGACCCAAAACUUAGAUAAUCUUACUCUGGACGAUGAUCAGGAGCCGACGCCUGCCAAUACCACCACGGAGGCUAGCGAUGUAAACGAACUACCCACGCCUACCCCCGCUCCACCACAAGGAGAUAACGAAACCACGCGAUCAAAGAAGCCGAAUCGGCAAAAAGCACGACUAGCUCGUCGAGAGGCAGAAAGGGUCGCCCAGGCAGAAAUCGCUGCCGAAGAAGCUGCAAAACAAACCGAUCAUCGCGGGAACGAAAAAGAGGUGAUGGAGGCGGCUUUCAAACGAUUAGGUCUGCAGGAAGUGGAAAUAAACCCGGAUGGGCAUUGCCUCUACUCCGCCAUUGCACAUCAACUGGACAAUCUAGGACUGGGACUGAAACCAGAUCCUGCGCGAAUCGUUUUACAGCCCUCUACACUUUCACGCGUCGACACAGUGAGCUCACCAAAGCAUGAUGGUUAUCGCGCGGUGCGAGCGGUUACGGCAGACUAUAUAACGGAACACAAGGACGACUUUGUCCCGUUUAUGGAGGAUCCGCUAGACGAAUACGUCAAAAAGAUACGGUUAACUGCUGAAUGGGGCGGGCAGCUGGAGCUACAAGCGAUUGCUCGCGCUUAUAAUGUUGAGAUAAAUGUUUUGCAAGGCGACGGACGAGUUGAGAAGAUUGAGUCUGGGUCAGAAACUGACGAUGAUCAAGUUAAGCGAAUCUGGUUGGCUUAUUAUAGACAUACAUACGGUUUGGGUGAACAUUACAACGCAUUAGCACAGAAGACUGUGGCGGCUUGA